UCCUCAUGUCACUCCUUUCACAAAUUUUACAAUUUUACAUCAUCCAAGAAUUUUUUUAUUCUAAAAAUUAGUAAAUAACUUGAGUUUUCUGCACUCAUUUUUUGGGAAAUUCCUCUCUAGGGAAGAAGAAACUUUCCAGUUACCAUUUGAAGGAAAAAUCUCACGUAAAAGUCAGCAAAAUGGAUAAAAAUCCAGAGGUUCCGGAGCAGAAGAAGAAGAGAAGAAGGUCCAGGAGGAACAAACAGAAGACAGCUGUAAAGGAAGAAAAAUCCCAAGAAGCUACCCCAGCAGUUGUAGAGCCAAUUCCGGAAGCAUCAGCGCCAGUGGAGCCAGAGAUGGAGAAGGAAAAGACAAGGGAAGAGAUUAUGCAGGAAAGGAAAGCCAAGAAGUUGGAAAAGAAAUCAAAGAAUCAACCGAAGGAAGCAACAGCUGUGAAAGUUGAAGGAAAACCCGAAGAGAAAAAGGAAAGCCCGGUAAAAGCAGCAAAGGUGGAACCAGCAGCCAGGACGACCUCUCCAGUUAAGAAACCCGCAGAAGUAAAACCAAUUCCGGAUAAGAAGGAAGAAGGAAAUGAUCAGAAAGCUUCCAGGGAAGAAAUUCUUGCUCAGCGUGAAGCAAAAAAAUUGGCAAAGCAGAGUGCCAAGCAGAAAGCACCCCAAGCUAAGACUGAACCUCAAAGCGAAUCCACCAAAGUGUUGGGGAAUGUUGAAAAAUCCAACACAGAUACGGAUUUAGCGGAAAAAAUGGAGACUCUCACCAUAAGUGAUGCUCCCAAGGCGAAAACCACGACAAAGGCUGAAAGGAGAGCCAUUCAGGAAGCACAGAGGGCCGCCAAGGAGCAGAAGAUGAAGGAAAAGUCUGCAAAGGAUAAGCCUGUACCGGCCAAACCUGCCCCAAAAACGAAUGCAGUUAAAGUUUCUCCCACUGCGAGGAAAGUCGUGAGAACGGAAGGUGCUCAUUCAGGGCAGAAGCACAGGGUGAAGCUCUUCAAUCACCUCUAUCGCGAUUACUUUAUGCAUCCUCCAAAGGUGAGUGGGGAUUAUGAGAUUCACGAAGCCAUCCGGACGCUGGGGGCGCAGUUCUCGAAAAUGGAGAUAACAGGAGCCAAUGCGAGGUGCUACGCCCUUCUCACCAUCAUGAAGGUUGUGAUUAAGAAGUUCCGGACGCCGCCAGAGAAGGAAUUCUCGCGUUGCCUGGAGACGUACGUGGGGCACAUUAUGGAGUACUUGGAGCAGUGCCGCCCAAUGGCUGUCUCCAUGGUGAAUGCCAUGAAGUACCUCAAGUGGCAAAUUACGCAACUUCCCACGGAUAUUGUGCAUGUACCCGAUCCAGAUAGUGAGGAAGAAGAUGAUCCUCACAUCGAGUUGAAAAUGAUUCUUUUUGACAUCAUCGACACCUAUAUCAAAGAUCAGCUGGACAAGGCUGAUUUGGCCAUCACUUGGGCUGUUCAGGAGAAAAUUGCCGAUGGGGAUGUGAUUCUUACCUUUGGAGGAUCAUCCCUGGUGAAGCAAAUCCUGAAGGAAGCUCACAAUCGCAGUAAGAAAUUCCGCGUAAUUGUGGCCGAUGCAGCCCCCUUGCACGAGGGUAGAGACAUGACGAGGAAGCUCAUAGAUCUGGGCAUUGACUGCACGUGUGUCCUCAUCACAGCAGUAACUUUCAUCAUGCAGGACGUGACGAAGGUUCUUCUCGGUGCCAAUUCCCUCCUGGCCAAUGGCUAUGUUAUGUCUCGCGCAGGAACAGCCCAAAUUGCUCUCGUGGCUAAAUCUCACAACGUCCCCGUUCUCGUGUGCUGCGAGACGCACAAAUUCAGCGAACGCGUGCAAACGGAUGCCUUCGUGUACAAUGAGAUUGGGUCGCCGGACGACCUUGUGCCGCGUGAAUUUGUCAAGAACAGCUUGCAGAAUUGGCGGGCAAAUCCCUACCUUACGCCUCUGCAUCUCUACUACGACAUUACACCUCCGGAACUCGUCACGGCGGUCAUUACGGAGAUCGCAAUCCUCCCCUGCACCAGCGUUCCCGUCAUUUUGAGGAUUAAACCAACGGAAAUUGGCUACUAGGAGCACCUUCUGGACAAGGUAGGAGUUCAAUCAAAAUUUUUACUUGAAGCCGUGUUUGAGAAAAAUGUAUUCAAUUUUUUUAUUUGUUUCUGUGUAAAAGAGAUCUAAUAAAUGUGGAAGAAAA